AUGAGUUCCGCAAACCAGACGGGCGACUCGGCGUUUGUCCUGCUGGGUCUGUCCAGUGACACCGGUCAGCAGCAGCUCCUCUUUCUGCUCUUCCUGACUCUGUACCUGGUCACCGUGGGGGGAAACUUGCUCAUCAUCCUGGCCAUAGGCGCCGACUCACACCUCCACUCCCCCAUGUACUUUUUCCUCGCCAACCUGUCCCUGGUCGACAUCUGCUUCUCCUCCACCACUGUCCCCAAGAUGCUGGCCAACAUGCAGACCGGCAGCCACACCAUAUCCUACGUCGGCUGUCUGAGCCAGGUGUAUUUUUCAUUUUUAUUUGGAGAUCUGGAUGAUUUCCUCCUGGCCGUGAUGGCUUUUGAUCGCUUCAUGGCCAUCUGCCAGCCCCUGGGCUACACCACAGCCAUGAGGCCCCGGUGCUGUGUCCGGCUGGUGGCCACCUGCUGGAUUAUUGCUCAGCUCAAUUCCCUUCUACACACCAUCCUGUUGGCUCAGUUAGCCUUCUGUGCCAACCACACUGUCCCACACUUCUUCUGUGACCUGACCCCCCUGCUUGCUCUGUCCUGCUCCGACGCCUCCAUCAAUAAGAUGAUGCUAAUGUCCGUGGGUGGGGUGGUGAUUUUAAUCCCGCUAAUAUGCAUCUUGGGCUCUUAUGCCCACAUAAUCUCUGCCGUCCUGAAAAUGCCCUCAGCGGGAAGCAAGCGCAAAGCCUUUUCCACCUGUGGUUCUCACCUGGUUGUGGUCAUGCUCUUCUACGGGACGGUCAUUGGUGUGUACCUCUGCCCCUCACACUCUGGCUCCGCAGAUGAGAGCAGCCUAGCCGCAGUUUUGUAUGCAGUAGUGACCCCCCUCCUCAAUCCCUUCAUCUACAGCCUGCGCAACCAUGACCUGCACCGGGCCCUGCACAAGCUCUUCUUCCAGAGGAUGCCCUUUAUCCUGCUAGAGAGCUUCCAGGGCCCUAAAUAG